GCUGAUGAAGAAUCACUUCCUCCUGGAAAAAUGUUCAUGAGCCUUCAACGAUGUGCGUAGUAAAUAUAUGGAGAGAGGAGUUCAGGAUCAUCCAAUUCUAUAUGUACCAGCACUGGGAUCAUCGAAAUGCUUUUUCCAAAAUAGAAAAAAAAAUCGCUGAACUUUAGCUUUUGACCUUCAAUGUAUCUUUCCUUGGCAGUGAAUAUGUGGAAUAUUUGUGCAAUUCAGAUGUUUUUGAAACAAAUAGAGCACCAUUUUAGUCCCAGUCUAUGGUGAGUAAAACACUCUUUGCUCUUACGCUGGCAGAAUGAAAUGCAUCACACCCUUUGUUUUUAGCAAAUUCUACUUAACUGAAGUUUCAAGUAGAGAAGCUAAUCCACAUAUUUUUAGAGACAUUGUUUUUUCUAAAAGGAAAUAAAAGAGUCCAAAUAUGUUGCUCUCUGUUCUUGAACAUAUCACCCUGCCUUCCGGAUGGCAAGCACCUUCAAUCCCUCCACGAGGGUGACGGAGCCACACUACCUCUUUCUUAUAAAUAUGUAUUUUGGUGAUAAAGACUGUUCAACAGAACAAGCACUUCUCAGAUGGCAAAGCGGCCUCUCUAUAGUCAGUUUGAGAAUAUCAUCUGCGUCAAUCUCUUGAAUAAUAUCAAAUGCUCUUUUGUUCCUUUGUUUCUAUUUUCUGUUGGCUUUUAAAGCCCAGUAUGUGGUGGGAGCCAGAGAAGCAAUUCUGUGUGCUGUGUGACUGCAAUCCCGUUGGCUCUGUGACGCCAUGGUGUGAUGGGACAGGAAGAUGUGCCUGUAAAUCUGGCUUCGUAGGGCGACAGUGCCACCUCAGCAUGCAGGCACAGCGGCAGGAGGAGCGGUCACAGAGAGCGCAGCGGGUGCUGGGGCCUCCUCAGAGGUGGGCUGUCAGCAGCUCCAGCGGGUGCCCUCGGGGAGCCUAUCGGGCCCCCACUCCGAAAAGGAUCCAUUAGUCAAAUUACAACCUCAUUGUCCUAACAUCAGUGAAGAACCUCAACAACCCAUAGGUUCCUCUUUCCUACCUUACGUUUUCGUGUUGUGCAUCUUGUUUCAUAAUGAGUUAAUUAAUUUAAGUUUAAUUUUUCUCUUUCCUUUU